AUGCACGGUGGUAGAAGCAACUGCUUUAUUUUCGCGAAAACAAAGUUCAAUAUGCAAAGUUUCUACAAUGCUUUCACAACAGCUGUCAUAUAA